CCGGCGGGUCCCGGCCAUUCAAACAAGUGGCUCCGGCGGCACUUCGGAGCCGGGGCUGGAGAGUGGGCGCAGCGCGUUCCCUGCCCCGGAGGCGCGGGGCCCUUCACACUGCCUCUUUCUCCGGCGCUCGCUCUUUAUUUGACGAUGAAAUAAUGUUGACAUGUCUUGAAUUAUUAAGUAUUCCCUGGAUUUUAUUAGCACACGAUGCCUAAAUGCUGCCUGUAUCUGCCGGGGUCUUAACCAGAGAGGAGCGAAGGAGAGAGGCAGAGACACCGAGCGAGGGAGAGGAGAGAGAGGGGUUUUUGACAGCUGUAUUCGUGCUGAUAAGCGAAGGCACAAGGAGACGAUCGACGAGCGAGACAAGAGGGGAGCGGCGGCUCGGAGCUGCGGAGCGGGGCCGCGCUCCCUCCCGACACGGCUCGGCCCUCCCGGCGCCGUGCUGGGCCGUGGGGGGGACCCGAGCCCUCUCCCAGCGCCUGGCCGGGCUCUCGGCCGCUGCCCGUGCCGGGGGGCAGCUCGCUGGCGGGGCAGAUGCCGAUUGAGAUCGUGUGUAAAAUCAAAUUUGCCGAAGAGGAUGAGAAGCAGAAGGAGAAAGAAGAAGGGGACAAGGAGAGCCUGAUCGAGGAGCCGGCUCGGCCGCGCUCCCGGGACCUGGCCGCGUUCGCCAGCACCAGCACGCUGCACGGCCUGGGGCACAUCUGCGGCGCGGGGCGGCCGGGCGUGCGGCAGACCCUUUGGGCGCUCGCCUUCCUGGCCUCGCUCGCCUUCUUCCUCUACCAGGCGGCCAAGUCGGCGCUGCUCUACCUGGAGCACCCCCACGUCGUGGCCCUGGAUGAGGAGGCCAUCCGUGAGAUGGUCUUCCCCGCCAUCACCAUCUGCAACAUCAACCGCUACCGCCACUCGGCGCUCACCGACGCCGACAUCUUCCACUUGGCCAACAUGACCGGGCUGCCCCCCAAGGACCGCGACGGCCACAAGGCCACCGACCUGCUCUACCCCGACCCCGACAUGGCCGACAUCGUCAACCGCACCGGCCACCAGCUCGACGACAUGCUCAAGAGCUGCAACUUCAGUGGCGAGAACUGCUCCUCUCGGGAUUUCAUGGUGGUCUACACGCGUUACGGCAAGUGCUACACCUUCAACGGGGACCGGAGGAACCCACGAGUGACCCGCCAGGGUGGCAUGGGCAACGGGCUGGAGAUCAUGCUGGACAUCCAGCAGGAGGAAUAUCUGCCCAUCUGGAGGGAGACCAAUGAGACAUCUUUCGAAGCUGGCAUCCGUGUCCAGAUCCACAGCCAGGAUGAGCCUCCCUACAUCCAUCAGCUGGGUUUCGGUGUCUCGCCCGGCUUCCAGACGUUCGUGUCCUGCCAGGAGCAGCGGCUCACCUACCUGCCGCAGCCAUGGGGGAACUGCCGGGCCAGCGUGCAGGGAGAGCAGAUGCUGCCCGGCUACGAUACCUACAGCAUUGCUGCCUGCCGCCUGCAGUGUGAGAAGGAGGCCGUGGUGCGGAGCUGCCACUGCCGCAUGGUCCACAUGCCAGGCAACGAGUCCAUCUGCUCUCCCAAUGUGUACAUCGAGUGUGCUGACCACACGCUGGAUGCAGCAGUGGAGGACAGCCAGGAACGCUGCAGCUGCCCCACACCGUGCAACCUGACCCGCUACGGCAAGGAGAUCUCCAUGGUGCGCAUCCCCAACAAGGGCUCGGCACGCUACCUAGCCCGAAAGUACAACAAGAAUGAGACCUACAUUCGGGAGAACUUCCUGGUGCUGGACAUCUUCUUCGAGGCACUCAACUAUGAGGCCAUUGAGCAGAAGAAAGCCUACGACCUUGCUGGGCUUCUCGGGGACAUCGGGGGGCAGAUGGGCCUGUUCAUCGGCGCUAGCAUCCUUACCAUCCUGGAGAUCCUGGACUACAUUUAUGAGGUGAUCCGCGACAGGGUGAGUCGUGUCCUGCGGCGCUCCAAGCCACCCCUGAAGAAGCCCUCGGGGAGCAUUGCCACACUGGGGCUGGAGGAGCUCAAGGACCAGAGCCCCUGUGAGACACUGGGCCGGCACGUGGAGGGCACCUACAAUGCGGGCAUCCUGCCCAACCACCACCACCGUCACCACUACCCUCACCAGGGCGUCUUCGAGGACUUCGCCUGCUAGGCCAGCUGAGGACAGGGGGUUCCAGCCCCCCACCCCUUGCAACCCCAUCCUCAUGGAGAGGGAUUGCGGCCCUGGGACCGGCACUGCUGUGGCCCCCAGCCCCUUCGUCCAGCCCCUCCGCUUGCCCUGUCUCAAGCACACAGAUCUGGGGGGCCGCCCCGCCAGCCAGCAGCAGUAGCGGCCUCACACCCUUGGCUGCCUGCAGGAGCAGACCAGCAAGGGGCAAGGACAGGCACACUAGGGGGGAUUGGGGGAGCAGGGGGCCCCCGCAAGGCAGCGCGUGCAAGGGACGAGCUGGAUUUCCUUCAAACCCCUCCAAACCCCUCCCUGCUGACCUCUCCUGAGGGGGGGUCUCUGCCCUGCACUGUCCCCCCAAGACCACUCAUCCCUUCCCAGGGAAUGUCACCAUCCUGCUGCAGGUCAGGCAGGGCCGGAGGACACCCACCUCCUGCAGCUUCACCUGCAUGGCACCACCCUGCCACCUGUCUGGCCCCUGGCACCACCACCACUGUGACACCCCCCAGACAUCUCCCCACCUUGCCCCAGCCCCACAUAGCCUGCCAGGGCUGAGGUUCCCUCCCCACUGCUGCUCCCAGCCAGACCCCUGCACUGUGACUUCCCACACUCCUGUGUUAGCCCCUGUCAUGCAAAAUGACUGUCUGCCCCAAAUCCUCUCCUCCCAGUGCCCCACAUCCCAUGCAUUGCCCAAAGCAGAUUGCCCCAGGUGCAGUUCCCCAGCACACCUGGGCAGCGUGGAGGCACCUGUCCCUGCUACCUGACUGUUGCAGCUCUUCUGCACCAUGCACGUACCCCUGCCACCUUCCUUCCCCCAGGUGCCGAGCACCCACUGUGCCUCCCCCAGACUGUAAUACAGAUAGGAGGGUGCCCUGCACUCAGUCCUCCUGCUGCUGGGGUGGCAGGGCCUCAGCAGGACCCCCGGCGCCCCACUUCCCAUAGGACAUUGCCUCCCCCUCCACUGUAGCAGACACCAGCGCAGGGCAAACAGCCCCAAAAUAUCUCAGGAGGGGGGGGGGGGGGCGGGCUAACAGAGCCCCCCUCGAGACGCACAUAUGGCAGAGAGGGAUCCCCAUGGCAGGAAUUGGUGACCUCAGGGGGAGGCUGGCUGGGACCAGUCCCUGUCCCCAGUACCCAGAGACCUGAGUGGGCACAACCAAUGCCCUGGCCAAAGCCAUAGCUGCAGGAGGAGUCCUAUGUAUGGGGGUAUGGGACACAGGAUAUAGGGACCAGGGCAUCUGCAUGGCCCAGUGUCCCCGCAAAUACACCCAUACUUGGAACUGUGUUCUCCAAUGGUGCAAACAUUGUGGGUACCCAACGCUCCUGCACAGGGACACACAAAAACACCCCCUAAGCAGAGCAUGCACAGCAUGCACCUGGGGGGUCCUGGUGCCCACGGGGCUGUGGCAACAUGGUGUAGGUCCCAGCCCCAGGGAGUGCCCCCAUCCCCUGUGCCUACCAACUCCUCCUGCACCAUCAUCUGGGCACAAGCAGCAGCAUCUCCACGGUGCCACACGGGCAGGAGGGUGCCCAGUGCUGUGUGCAGGCUGUGGCCCCCUCCCUGCCAAUAGGAGCAAGCCCUGGAAGGGGUGGGCACGGGCACCAUGGUGGGAGGGGACCAUUGGAGGCGUGCGUCAUUGUUUUAUAAAUGUACAAAAUCUCCCUAAUAAAGAGGCACAAGUA